AUGCCUCCGAAGAAACCUGCCGCCAAGGCUGCCCAGGCCUCUGGCAAGAAAUCUACGACGACGAAAGCGUCUGUCACUACCACGAAGGCCAAGGCCUCCACUAUCAAAUCUACUACAAAAGCUACGGCAAAGACCCCUACGAAGGCGGCUGCUACGAAGACGGCGACGUCGAAAGCCGCCGCCACUAAAUCCGCGACCACCAAGGCGGCGCCAUCCAAGAUCACCAAGACCACCACGUCCAAGGUAACCAAGGUAACCAAGGUGGCCAAGCCAACCAAGACAGCCACCGCUGCGAAGGCCAAACCUGUUGCACCCCCUAAGGCGAAGCCCGCCCCCGAGAAGCCCGCCGCGUCGAAGAAGCGAAAGGCAGCCUCCCCCGAGGAGGAAGAAGAUAAAGAGAAUCUAGCCCCCGCUGGCCGUCCUACGAAGCGAGCCCGUGCCGUCAAGCAUGAGGUUGAGGAAGUUGUUGUGCCAGCUGGUCCUCUGAACAAGACGCCUGCUCAAGUGCUCGAUAUUUUCGUGUUCGGAACUGGCGAGAAUGGCGAGCUUGGUCUCGGCCCUGUCAAGACUGAGGCGACGCGACCGCGUCUCAUUCCUGCCCUCAACACGGGCGACGCGAAGAGCUUUCACGUUGUUGAUAUUUUCUGCGGAGGUAUGCACACGAUUGCCCUGACCAAGGAUAACAAGAUUGUCACCUGGGGUGUCAACGACAACGGUGCUCUCGGCCGCGACACCAACUGGGAAGGUGGUUUGCGCGAUGCCGAUGAGGGUUCGGAUGAUGAUUCCGAGACGGGAGAUUUGAAUCCCAAAGAGUCCACUCCCACCGCCAUCCCCUCGAACGUGUUCCCCAAGGGUACCGUCUUCACCCAGGUCGCCGCCGGCGAUAGUUGCAGUUUAGCUCUCACCGAGGACGGCCGCGUUUAUGGCUGGGGUACUUUUACCGACAGCAAGGGCGAUAAAAUGUUCGGAUUCGACGAAGAAGGCAACGAGAUUAAGGUGCAGCCAACGCCAAUUCUUAUCCCUGGCCUCACGGACGUUGUCCAGAUUACAUGUGGAGCGAAUCACGCUCUCGCUCUUGAUAGCCACGGCACUGCCUAUGCCUGGGGGGUUGGUGAGCAGAGUCAGCUCGGCCGCCGCGUCGCCUCCCGGCGACAGCGCACCAGGGCCUUCAUGCCACAGCCCAUUCACACGCUGGAGGGCAAGGCCAAGUACAUCUCGUCCGGCCACUUCCAUAGCUUCGUCGUCGAUACCCACGAUAACGUCUGGUCGUGGGGUUUGAACAGCUUUGGCCAGACCGGUUACGCGAAGACAGCUGGAAAGGACAACGGCGCUGUUUCCACUCCGAUGAAGGUCGCUUCGCUUUCGGGCAAGAACGUCACCUCCCUAGGCGGCGGUGCCCAUCAUUCUGCCGCCGUUACCCAGGACGGCAAGUGCUAUAUCUGGGGCCGUAUCGACGGUGGCCAGCUCGGCAUUAAGUUCACUGAUGCCCAGAUCAAGGACCCCAAGCUCGUCCGUCUCGAUGAUCGCGAGAAGCCCCGUAUCUGCCUCCGGCCCACUGAGGUCCCAGAGGUUGGCUCCGCCGUCCACGUCGGCUGCGGUACGGAGCACACCAUCAUCGUCAACUCCGAGGGUGUCGCCUACAGUACUGGAUUCGGAACCCAGGGCCAGCUCGGUCUUGGCUCGUACGAUGACAUCGAUACAUUCCAGCAGAUUCCCAAGGAGCGCGUGAAGGGAAAGAAGUUGACGUGGAGUGGUGCUGGUGGUCAGUUCAGCAUUGUUGCGGCGCCGGUUGAUGCUUGA